AUGUUGGAACUUGAAAGCCAUGUCACCAUUCAGAAGCGAGCCUAUUACUCCCCGCCUUGGGCGGACGUUAGCAUUAUUGCCGUAGCUGGAAGCUCGGGUUCUGGGAAGUCGACCGUAUCCCAGGCCAUUGUGAAAAAGCUCAAUCUGCCCUGGGUGGUAAUUCUGUCCAUGGACUCAUUUUAUAAGACGCUCACUCCCGACCAGUCGAAGUUAGCUUUUGCCAAUGAGUAUGACUUUGAUUCCCCAGAUGCUAUCGAUUUCGACAUCUUAGUUGACCGUCUGCGUGAUUUAAAAGCUGGAAAACGAGCUGAGAUACCAGUUUACUCGUUUCAGAAGCACCAGAGACUGGAACAAACCACAUCAAUCUACUCGCCUCAUGUGCUUAUUCUUGAAGGCAUUUUUGCUUUAUAUGAUCCACGAGUAAUUGAACUGCUGGAUAUGGGUAUUUACUGUGAAGCUGAUGCUGAUACUUUUGUUCGGGAUGUGCGAGAAAGAGGUAGAGACAUUGAAGGAUGCAUUAAGCAGUGGUUUGCUUUUGUCAAACCCAAUUUCGAAAAGUAUGUUGAGCCUCAGCGGAAAGUGGCUGACUUAAUCGUCCCCCGUGGCAUCGAAAACCGAGUUGCAUUAGAUAUGAUGGUACAGUUCAUCGAGAAAAAACUAUUCGAGAAAUCCACCCACCACCGCGAGGCUCUGUCAAGACUGGAGGCAACUUGCAAGGAGCAACCUCUGUCAGAUCGCGUUGUUAUCCUAGAUGAUACACCGCAACUGAAAUUUAUGAAUACGAUUUUACAAAACAUUGAUACAUCAGCGGAGGACUUCAUCUUCUACUUUGAUCGGCUAGCGGCGCUCAUUAUUGAGCAGGCAUUGAACAAUGUACAAUUUGUAUCACUGGCUAUUGAGACGCCACAAGGCUACAACUACCAGGGAUUGCAGCCUAAAGGCGAAGUAAGCGCUGUAAUUGUCCUCCGUGGCGGGUCUGCCUUUGAAUCGGCUCUCCGAAAAACCAUUCCUGACUGCCGAACGGGGCGACUGUUGAUCCAAUCAGAUUUCUCGACCGGUGAACCCGAGCUUCAUUAUCUACGACUUCCGGAAGACAUUCAUGAGCAUGAAAGUGUUUUGCUGUUGGAUACGCAGAUGGCUAGUGGCGGCGCAGCGCUGAUGGCAGUACAAGUAUUGGUAGAUCACGGAGUGGCUUUGGAGAGAAUAGUUCUGGCAACCUAUUCAGCCGGACGCGUGGGGCUGCACAGGCUUAUGACGGUGUUUCCGGAAAUCACUGUGGUGGUGUGCAAUAUACUUCGAGAUCAAGAACGUCGAUGGGUAGAGAAGCGAUACUUCAGGUGCUGA